CUCAUUGGCUGGAGAGAGACGACAGUGGUAAACUACGAAGAAACACGCACCUACCACAUGUAAAAAGCCAUUGACGGACGCAGGAGGAGGGGAGAGCGCCGCGCCCGGCCGGCCGGCCGCCCGCGCCCACCGUGGAACAGAGCAGAGCACGGCACCGGACGAAAAACCCACGCGGAGGCGCAGACGUCGUCCAAGGUCGCGGCUGCCCGCGUCCUUCAAUUCAACAGCACCCGCCGCGUAUUCUCCCUUCUUGGCUUCUUCACCUUUUCUCCGCGCGCUUUAAUCCCUUUCGUCCCCGCACACCUCCCUCCCCUCCCCCGUCUCCACGCCACGCCAGCCGCGCCUCGCAGAUGUCGGCGGCGCGCUCCUCCUCCACCUCCACCCAAUGACCCCGCUGCCGCUCCUCCUCCACCUGCUCCUCCUCCUCCUCCUCCUCGCCAUUGCCUUGUCCUUGCCGGCCGCCUCCGCCGCGUCCACGCUCGCCAUCUCGGCGUCGUCCACCUCCCCGACCGUCUGCGGCAUCGAAGAGUACAACGGCACCGUCUACUGCGCCGCGCUCCCGAGCUCCACCUCCUCCAACUCCUCCUCCACAAACGCCUCCUCCUCCGCCGCCGCCGUCGCGGCGAACAUCAUCACCUUCGCGGAGCUCUCAGCGGGGCGAGGCUUCGUGUGCGGCCUACAGGCCGGUGGCGCCGCGCUCUUCUGCUGGCCGUCCACGCCCGCGCCGCAGUGGGACCAGCUCCGCCGGCUCUACAACGGUCCGGACCCGCUCACGGACCUCGCCGUCGGCGGGGACCACGUCGCGGCCUACGAACCUUCCGCCAACGCAUCCGCCUCUGACUCCGGGAGGGUCCUAUGGUGGCGCGGCGGGGACAGGUUCCCGGCGCCGGUCGAGGGCGGGUUCCGCUCGCUCGUCUCCGGGGACGGCUUCUCCUGCGCCGUCGAGACCAACGCGUCCGCGGCCGUCCGGUGCUGGGGCCCGCAGGGUAGCGCGGUGCAGGCGGGGCUCGCCAACGCGACCGCCGCGCCGUACCUCGCCGCGGGGGGCGGGCGCGCGUGCACCGUCCUCGCCUCCGGCGCCGCACUCUGCUCGGGCUCCGACGUCGGCGCCGCCGCGAACGCAUCCCUGCCGCGGGACCUCUUCGUGUACGGCCUCGCCGUCGGCGACUCCCACGCGUGCGCGCUCCGCCGGCCCAACCACACCCCGGUUUGCUGGAGCCUCGGGGGCCCCACCACCACCCUGUCCGAGCCGGCGCUCGGGAUCUCCUUCCAGUUCCUCGUCGCCGGUGGCAACUUCACCUGCGGCGUCGCGUCCAUGGACUUCAGCGUCUACUGCUGGUCUGCGGGCGCCGAUGCUGCGCCCGUGCCGCUGCCCAAGAUCCGCCCAGGCGUCUGCGUCAGCAACGACAGUACCUGCCGGUGCGGCAUCAUGUCGGGGUCGCAGCAGUUCUGCGGGGGCUCCGGCGUGAUCUGCAAAGCGCUCUGUGAGGAUUCGACGCCACCACCCGCUUCGCCCCCUCUGCCGCCUCCGCCGCCGGCGCCGUCGUCGUCGAGUAGGCGCGUGGCCAAGGCCUGGAUCGCGUUCUGCGUCGUCGGCGCGGUGGGUGGCUUCGCGGGGCUCUGCUCCAUCGUCUACUGCCUCGUCUUCGGCUUCUGCAGCAACAAGCGGGUGCACAACUCGGUGCAGCCCAACCUCGGCGCAACCGCCGCGGGCGCGGGCGCCGGCACCGGCAAUAAUAACCACAACAACGGCGGCGGGGGUGCCUCGGCAGGCGGGAGCCCGUACGGGUCGCCGAACGGUUCGCGGGCACGCAGCCUGUUCCGGCGGCAGCUGUCGCGCGUGAUGACGCGGCAGCGGAGCGGGCCGUCGUCGUUCAAGGACCUCGCGGAGGAGUUCACGUUCGCGCAGCUGGAGGCGGCCACCAAGGGGUUCGCGCUGGAGGCGAAGAUCGGUGAGGGCAGCUUCGGCGCCGUGUACCGUGGCAAGCUCCCCGACGGGCGGGAGGUGGCCAUCAAGCGCGCCAGCGAGUCUGGCCCCCGCGCGCGGCGGUUCCAGGAGAAGGAGAGCGCGUUCCGGUCGGAGCUGGCGUUCCUGUCGCGGCUCCACCACAAGCACCUCGUCGGCCUGGUGGGCUACUGCGAGGAGGACGAGGAGCGGCUGCUGGUGUACGAGUACAUGAAGAACGGCGCGCUCUACGACCACCUGCAUCCCAAGACGAGCACGGCGGCGCCGUCGCCGGUGGCGUCGUCGUGGAAGCUGCGCAUCAAGAUCCUCCUGGACGCGUCCCGGGGCAUCGAGUACCUGCACUCGUACGCCGUGCCGCCCAUCAUCCACCGCGACAUCAAGUCGUCCAACAUCCUGCUGGACGGCGGGUGGACGGCGCGCGUGUCGGACUUUGGCCUGUCACUAAUGGGCCCUCUAGAGCCGCCGCCGUCGUUGGAGCCGGAGGAGGACGACGACGACGCCACCGCCGUCACGAGGUCGCGGUCGCGGUCCAAGUCCAAGUCGCAGCACCUGACGGUGAUGAAGGCGGCCGGCACGGUGGGGUACAUGGACCCGGAGUACUACGGGCUGCACCACCUGACGGUGAAGAGCGACGUGUACGGGUUCGGCGUGGUGAUGCUGGAGUCGCUGACGGGGCGGCGCGCCAUCUUCAAGGAAGCCGAGGGCGGGAGCCCCGUGUCCGUGGUGGACUACGCCGUGCCCACCAUCGUGGGCGGGGAGCUCGCCAAGGUGCUGGACCCACGCGCCCCGGAGCCCGCGCCGCACGAGGCCGAGGCCGUGGAGCUGGUCGCCUACACCGCCGUCCACUGCGUCCGGCUCGAGGGCAAGGACCGACCCGCCAUGGCUGACAUCGUCGCCAACCUGGAGACGGCCUUCGCGCUCUGCGAGGGUAGCGCCGGCAGCGGCCGGGGCGGCGGCGGGGGGUUCGGGAAUAGCUCCUCCAGCGCUAGCCUCCCCUCCGUCACGUCCAUGGACCGGUCGGGAGCCCUGGCCUGAGUGAGUGAGGGAGUGACGGAUGGAUGAUUUCAUUCGUGCAGCAACCGCCGGCGCCACCGCCAUUGUCGGUAAGGGCGAGCUCCAUCCAUCCGUGGAAGCUGUGAUUAGCAAAUUUUAGCCCGGGGAAAGGGAAGGAACGGAGGGUGAUCAGAUUCGUUGCUGAUUAGUUGGAUAUUUUUGAAUUCUUCUCCAUUCUUGUUCAUUCUUGAUUGAUUGGGAGGACCGGGGAGGCUAGUGUGAUCCUGUCAUCACACGUUUUGUUCUUUGGUGAAUGUACAUUCAUGAUUCUUCCUUGUGCCGUUCCAAUUGCAUGUUCUGAUGAUGAUUCCACUCGUCGUCGAGACGAAAUACGAGAGAAUUCAAAUUCAAAUUCA